AAAUUUUCUUGUCCAAAAAAAAAUAAAAAAGAAAAAAAAAUCCAUCUGAUAUUUUUGUGCUUUCAGCUUCAUCUUUCUUGAAAAUCUUGAAAAGUUUCAAGAUUUCAUCUUUUUUUACGACCGCAGAAUAAAACUGUUUCCUUAACCCGAACAGUAAAAAAACCUCAGAAAAACUUGUCCAGGUUGCUGGUUUUUUCACUAAUGUCUUGUAAAGGUUGUUCCGUUAGGUGGAGAAGUGAGGUCAGCAACUCAAGUUGACACAAGAUUUCAAAAGGGUAUCUUCAAAAAUGGAAAUUAAUGAACCCAAGAUGAAAAAGAUUGAAUUUUUCUUGGUUUUUGGUAUGUGGGUCAUGAUGAUAGUUGCCAUGGCAGAUGAGGUUAAAACUGUAAAUAUAUCAUCAUCAGUAAAAAGGCCAAAAGCUGUAAAUAUUGGAGCUUUAUUGACAGUGAAUUCAGUUAUUGGGAAGUCUGUUAGGCCUGCAAUUAUAGCAGCUGUUGAUGAUGUGAAUUCUAAUCCAGAUAUUCUUGGAGAAACACAUUUGAAUCUUAUUUUACAUGAUACUAAUUGCAGUGGAUUUCUUGGCACAGUUGAAGCUUUGGAGUUGAUGGAGCAAAAUGUGGUGGCUGUGAUCGGGCCACAGUCGUCUACUAUAGCACACGUUAUCUCACAUGUUGUGAAUGAGCUUCACGUGCCUCUACUUUCUUUUGGUGCAACCGAUCCCACACUAUCAGCUCUCCAGUAUCCUUAUUUUGUCCGUACCACACAAAAUGAUUACUAUCAAAUGUCAGCCAUUGCAGACUUGAUUGACUACUUUGAAUGGAAAGAAAUAAUCGCUAUAUUUGUGGAUGAUGAUUACGGCAGAAAUGGGAUUUCGUCGUUAGGUGAUUCAUUAGCAUCGAAGCGAGCCAAGAUUUCUUACAAAGCUGCAUUUACACCUGGUGCAUCGGUGAACAGCAUAAGUGAACUAUUGACUGCAGUUAACUUAAUGGAGUCUCGUGUGUAUGUUGUUCAUGUGAAUCCUGAUUCAGGUGUCAAUAUUUUCUCUGCUGCAAAGAAACUCGGAAUGUUGACCGGUGAUUAUGUAUGGAUAGCAACAGAAUGGCUUCCAGCAGUUCUAGAUUCAUCAGAACGGCCAGAUGUAAGCACCAUGGCAUUAUUACAAGGUGUUCUGUCACUUCGACAACACACACCGAAUUCAAAUAUGAAGAAGUCUUUCGAAACCAAGUGGAAGAAUAUUAAACAAAAGGAAACCUCAGGAUUCAAUUCAUAUGCUCUUUACGCUUAUGAUUCCAUUUGGCUAUUCGCGUAUGCUCUUGACACUUUCUUAAAAUCCGGAGAAAGUAUCACUUUUUCUUCUAACCCAAAUCUUCAAAAUGCCAAUGGUAGUGAGCUUCGGUUGUCUGCACUCAAGACUUUCAACGAAGGUCAAAAUUUACUUCAGACUCUUUUAGCAACAAAUUUCACAGGUUUAUCAGGCGAAGUUCAGUUCGAUCAGGACAAGAAUUUGAUUCAUCCGGCAUACGAUGUGCUUAACAUUGGUGGAACUGGAUUGCGGACAAUUGGGUAUUGGUCAAACUACUCUGGGUUAUCUGUUAAUCCACCUGAAAGCUUGUAUGCAAAACCUCUAAACAGUUCUGAUACUAAGCGCCUCUAUAGUGUAAUUUGGCCCGGUGAAACAAGUGUAAAGCCACGUGGAUGGGUGUUUCCAAACAAUGGGAAGCCUUUGAGGAUCGGUGUACCUUAUAGGCAUAGUUACAAAGAAGUUGUAACAAAAGAUGUUAAAUCUCCAUUAGGUGUAAGAGGGUAUAGCAUCGAUGUUUUUGAAGCUGCUGUGAAUUUACUACCUUACGCUGUGCCUCGGAAAUAUAUUUUGUAUGGAGAUGGUAGCCGUAAUCCGAGCUACAGCAAUCUUGUGACUUCUGUUGCUGAAAAUACAUUCGAUGCAGCAGUUGGAGAUGUUACAAUUAUUACAAAUCGAACAAGGGUAGUCGACUUUACACAGCCUUACAUGGAAUCGGGACUUGUUAUAGUUGUUCCAGUGAAGAAAUCAAAAACCAGUCCAUGGGCUUUUCUCAAACCAUUCAGCCUGGAAAUGUGGCUGGUCACUGGUGGCUUCUUUCUUCUUGUAGGAUGUGUUGUUUGGAUUCUUGAACAUCGUUUGAAUCAUGAGUUUCGUGGUCCUCCAAGUCAACAAAUCAUUACGAUUUUCUGGUUUAGCUUCUCAACAAUGUUCUUUUCACAUAGGGAAAACACAGUUAGCACAUUAGGACGGUUAGUUCUGUUACUAUGGCUGUUUGUGGUGUUGAUCAUCAAUUCAAGCUACACAGCAAGUUUGACUUCCAUCCUCACGGUUCAGCAGUUGACUUCAGGGAUUGAAGGGAUUGAUGGCCUGAUUCAAAGUAAUGACCCUAUUGGAGUUCAGGAUGGAUCUUUUGCUUACAAUUAUCUUGUCCAAGAGCUUAAUAUUGCAGAAUCUAGAAUAAGAUCAUUGAAAGAUGUAUCAGAUUACAUGAAUGCACUUAAACUUGGUCCGAAACGUGGAGGUGUAGCUGCCAUUGUUGAUGAGCUUCCCUACAUCGAGCUUUUCAUGAGUUAUACACAGUGUGAGUUCAAGAUUGUUGGUCGAGAGUUUACGAAAAGUGGCUGGGGAUUUGCAUUCCAGAGAGAUUCUCCUCUAGCACUCGACUUAUCAACAGCCAUUCUCCAACUCUCAGAAAAUGGGGAAUUGCAAAGGAUCCAUGACAAAUGGCUAGCAUCGAGCACAUGCUCGUCACAAGUUUCAGAAAUCGACAUAAAUAGCCUUUCUCUAAGCAGCUUUUGGGGUCUAUUUCUUAUAUGUGGAAUCGCGUGCCUCAUUUCUCUUGGCGUUUACUUUUGUAGAGUGUUGUGGCAAUACCGUAGAUUCAGUCCCAAUGAAGAAGAGGCACCACACGAGAUUCCACAACCCGAAUCAGCAAGGCGUAGUUCAAGAAGAACAUUACGGACCACAAGUUUUAAAGACUUGAUGGAGUUUUAUGACAAGAAAGAAGCCGAGAUCAAGGAGAUGUUGAGACGAACCAAGCGUCAAAUUAAUGGGCAUAGUGAUUCACCUUGUUGAAUUGAAAGUUUUGGUGUUUUGCAGGAUGGUUAGCUUUCCUAAAAUGGAAAGAUAUAUAUUUGAAUAGUGAUUCCCUUUGUAUAUGUAUAUAUUCUCAACAGUUAGGACCAAACAAUACUUGGUUCUUACAAGAAAUCAUUUUUAUGAUGCCAGAAGUUAAGGAUAGUUACGACUAAUUACAUAUUAAUUGGUUA